CUCCGAACUACAACAAUCAUUUUCUGUUUAUUUCAGCAAUGGCACAUCUCCGCCCGUACUGUGCACGCAAUGCCAUAACCGAAGCUUUCAUACUCCCAGCAAUUGGGAUUCCGCGAUGUCGUGACCCACGACUCCCUUUAAGACGAACCUUCGCUCUGUCCGCGCAUCAGCAGCAGAAGCUGAGCCGCAAACAACGCGAGAAAAGUGGUAUCAUCACACCAGAAGACCAAGAGCGCAUUCGCAAGGCCCAAGAGAAGGCUGCCGAACGCGCGGCUAAGAAAGCUGAGGCACCCCGUCAGGGCAACCGGGCGCAGGCACUCCUGAAUUCUCUGAACAAGAGCAAGAAAAUUGCGAGUCCUGCGAAGACAGAAGAAGAGCAGCGACCUCCCGAAAAUGAUGAAAUCACAUACCCCGAGAUCUCAUUGGUGGAUAGACACGGGAGGUUUUUGAAAAGAGUGCAAACAAAGGAGGUUCUGUGGAGUUUGAAUCGAGCAGAGGAGAAACUGGUCAUGAUCAAGCCAACGGAUGGGAAAGACGCAGGAGCUUUGCCAAUUUGCAAAAUUUUUAGCAUCACUGAGUUGCUCGAAAAGGAGCUUAAAGAGAAGGGAAGAGCGGCGCAGCGCCAGAGGGGUGAGAAGAUGUUCAAGGAGCUUGAGUUAUCUUGGAGCAUUGGUCCCGCGGAUAUGGAUAUGAAAUGCAAACAGAUGAUUAGGUUUCUAGAGGAAGGUAGGAAGGUGGACGUAACCAUCGUGAGGAAGUACAGACGGCAGGCCCCUGACAGGACUAUGGAUGAACUUCAGGGUCUGGUUGAUAGACUUAAAAAUGCCGUCAAGUCUGUUCCGGGAGCACGCGAGUAUAGGUCGCAAGAUGGUCAACUGGCACAUACAAUGUCUUUUUAUUUUGAAGGGCCCAGAGGAGGUAUCAAGGCCGAAGCAGACGAUGCAGAGCAUCUGUCGCAGCCAGACAAAGCCAGCGCGGCGGUCUGGUAAUGAUGCAUUGCUUGUUAUCUUAUUCUGUCUGUAUGAUAGUUUUUGUAUACAUGCAUUCUACACAUACAGCAAAAAAAUAGCUCUACACGGGAGCGGCCUCCCACUCGUCGACUG